CUCGUAUUAAAAGUGGUACAACCAACCAAAGCCUCCAUCCAGCGAAGAAAAGAAGACUCAGUGACCAGUGUCGACUUCAUCUACAGAGUUCACUCUUAAUUACUACGGAGUAUUGCAGUUUGCACUUCACAAAAUUUAAGAGAUGUUGUGGUAAAGCAUAAGGACUUGCUUCUGUACUAGAAAUGGUGUGUAUCGUAUAACUAAAGUCAAAGACUGAGCAUUUGUUUUGUUCAAGAAUUAAGAAGAAAUGGCUCCAAGUUCCAAGGCAGAGAAGAAAGCAGCUGUUGAUGCAUCUGCUUGGAUGUUCAAUGUCGUCACAUCAGUGGGAAUUAUUAUUGUCAAUAAAGCUCUGAUGGCCACUUAUGGGUUUAGUUUUGCUACUACAUUGACGGGAUUGCACUUUACUGCCACAACUAUAAUGACACUCGUUCUCAGAUGGCUUGGAUAUAUUCAACCCUCUCAUUUGCCACUGCCAGAUCUGCUGAGAUUUGUUUUAUUUGCUAAUUUUUCAAUUGUGGGCAUGAAUGUUAGUCUUAUGUGGAACUCAGUAGGAUUUUAUCAGAUUGCUAAAUUGAGUAUGAUUCCUGUAUCCUGCCUGUUGGAGAUUGUGCUCGAUAAAGUUCGAUACUCCAGAGAUACGAAGCUCAGCAUAGGACUUGUUCUUGUAGGUGUUGGUGUAUGCACAGUUACUGAUGUCAGUGUAAAUACCAAAGGUUUUAUUGCUGCUUUGGUUGCAGUUUGGAGCACUUCUCUGCAGCAAUAUUAUGUACAUCAUCUUCAAAAGAAGUAUUCGCUGAGUUCUUUCAAUCUGCUUGGUCAUACUGCACCAGUACAGGCUGGAUCCCUGCUUUUACUGGGUCCAUUCGUUGACUAUUGGUUGACAAAUAAGAGAAUUGAUGCGUUCAACUACACUUUACCAUCUGUGGUCUUUAUAACUCUCUCAUGCACAAUUGCUAUUGGGACCAACCUUAGCCAAUUUAUCUGCAUCGGCAGAUUCACAGCUGUAUCUUUCCAAGUUCUCGGCCACAUGAAGACAAUCCUUGUCUUGAUUCUUGGCUUCAUCUUCUUUGGAAAAGAGGGUCUGAAUUUACAUGUGGUCGUGGGUAUGAUCAUAGCUGUAGCAGGGAUGAUCUGGUAUGGCAAUGCCUCCUCAAAACCCGGUGGUAAAGAACGUCGAAGUCUUUCGUUGCCUAAGCAGCAAAAGAGUGGAACCGAUUCUACAGAUCUUGAUGGAAAGGUCUAACCAUUUUUGCCCUUUUACUUUUACCCACCCACACUCACAGUGGAACAAUUACAUUAGACGAACUUCAGGGAUUCUUAUUGAUAUACUUCGUAUAUGAUAUGAGAUGUAGAUUUCAAGUAGACCUUAAAUUGUCCCGUGAUUAGAUUUUUCUUAGUAAUUUUACACCCUUUUAUUUUUGCUUUUGAGUUUCAUUAUCACAUAUUUAAAUGAUUUUAUUUUGAACUACAGUGUCAGAUUUAAGAGAACAGGUUAAUUGAUUGUUGUCGUAAUUUAUUAUAAA